UCAUUCUGUAUUUCAUGAGUGUCGGUCGCGCGCGUAGCCCCGUUUUGCUGUAUUUACGAGGAUCUGGAAACGGUGCAGUUGCUGUCGUGGUUGUAACGCUCGGAAGAUUUGCUGGUGAGAUCUGGACGGAAAGUGAUCUGUCAAUUGAGCUGCAAGCCUAGCAGUUUAGUUGUUAGUCAAGACAGCCCAACGUCCUGCUAGACGCUCGGUACGUGACUCGUCACCCAAGUCGCACAUCAGGACCUGUCAGGAAUUCUAAACGAUCCAGCCAAACCAGGACGAUUGAUUUCCCCGAGUCCCCAAGAAUUUCAGCGACUGGGUUUCCCGCAUUCCAGCUCCGGAUAGACAACAUAUUUCUUCAGUUCAGAUCUUAAGAAUUGCCCACCCCAUUCCCUACAAGUUUGACGCACUUUCAUUUUUAGCGAGUCCCAAUCAGUCAUCUUGGACGUAAACAGAAAUUUCAAAUUAUGCUGGCUUGGGCCGAAAGCCAGACAAUAUCCUUGUAUACAUGGCAGCAGUCAUUGGGAAAAUUGAGCCUUUUUGUUGACAGAUACCCGCUAGCACCCCCACGGCUCUUUGAGAAAAUGUCUGCAAGACAGAGAUAAAUUUCUCUAGCAGCGCCUGACUUGUGUAAUUUGUCAUGUGAAAGAUCUGGCAUCAUCUGCAUUCUGUAGAAAUUCAGGAUAAUUUUUUUUUUGUCGGCGUAUCAGAUGCAUUUCGGAGAAGUGAAAUGAACAGCGCUGGAUGAUUAUGACAAGGGGAGAUUAUUUGUGAGCUCAGAAAUCCUCUGUUGACCAAAAGUCGGAUUUCCUGACUGAGAAUGAGGCAUGGGUUUUUGUUGAGUGCUUUUUGAGAGGGGUCAACCAUGGCAACAUGAAACGGUCUGAAGAACUGCGGAGCAAAAUGAUGAUGAGCAUGGUUGAUCUGUGGAAUUGACACAAAAAAAUAUUAAAAUUCUCUCAGUGUGUCUCAAACUGGACAAGAGCUUUGCUAGAAUAUAUGAAUGAAAUUUAAGCAGUCCAAAAUGAAAACGGGCGAAGAAAGUCGACAUUUUUUACCGUCACGGUCGGCAGCGAUUGUAGGAUUUUAUUUGCGCGCAAGAUGACCGGAGCGUGUUGUGGCACGCGAUGCGGUAACCAGUGAUGGAUUACCAGCACAGGAAGGGGUACAACGGGGGCGCGGCGCAACCUGCGAGGGCGACAUUCCUGCGCUGGCUGCAGCGCAACGGCAUCCUGAUGCAGCUGAUCAUGUUACUGAUCGUCGUGAUGGUCUUCAUCCCGCUGGUCACGCACUACUACCUCAGCAACGCCGAGCUGCCGGCGACGUCCCGUCGGAGCCAACCCCAGCAACUCUCCUUGGAGAACCUCCAAGCGAUGAAGCCCCAGGAGCUCAAAGCGCGCCUGGAAGAGCUCUACCGCAUCCGAAGCUCGGUCCAGCAGGAACUCCUGGGUCUGGAAGCCCGGCGCAAGGACAUGCAGAACCAGAUAGACGAGUAUAGCGCCCUCAUUGCCCAGAGGCAGAGGGAGAACAAGGAAUCGCAAAGCACCCUCGACAAGGUCAACUUCGAGAUUGUUCAGAAGCGCAAAAGUUACGAGGAAGUCAUACAGCGUUCUAUGCUCCAUAUUGGAGCCCCGAAACAAAUCCUACCCCAGUUGGACGACAAUGUUGACGUGGAACCACCGCAAGCGAGCGCGCAGUGUCGGCAGCACAAUUGCUUCGAUUACUCGCGCUGCUCACUCACGUCGCAUUUCCCGGUCUACAUUUAUGCUAGUGAGGACGUCACGCUUUCGAAACAACCGCUGGACGCGUUUGUUCGGACUAGCGUUGCCAACGUCAUGACGACCAACCCCCACGUCACGUUCGAUCCCAACAUCGCCUGCGUGUACCUGGUCCUGAUCGGAGACACCGCAGACCACUGGCAGAGCGCGUCCAGCCUGGAGUUGGAGACUAGCCUCCGGAAGCUUCCAUUGUGGAAGGGGGACGGCCGGAACCACGUUUUGCUAAACCUUGCCAGAAAUGUGUCUGCGACAAACGUACUGUACGGCAUGAACACCGACCGCGCCAUUUUAGUGCAGUCCAACUUUGACGCGGCGCAAUUCAGACCCGGGUUUGACAUCGUCGCGCCGAUGCUUCUAGGAAAAGAAGCGUCAUUUGACUGGAAAGAAACACCCCCUCUCGUCCCAGCCAAACGAAAAUACCUUCUGUCUUUCCAGGGGAUAUUAUCCCCCUACGCCAGUAAACAGUCCAACCACGGACACGCGAACGUCGAGAACGUCAUGAUGAGUCGACGCUUAAAAGACUCCAACAGAACUCAAGUCAACUCUGUGAGCGACUUCAUACAAGAAGAACUCCACAAACUCAAAUCCCUUCAGGUAGAUAAUUUUUAUAUCGAGUUCAAAUGCCCGCCGCUUAACGCCGACCCGGCCAGCGUCGACCUAUCAGAGUGGUGGAUAUGUAGGACAAAAGAUAGAUUAGCGAUUUUAAAGCAGUCAACGUAUGCAUUAAUUAUAGGCCCCGACGAACACAUAGUGUCGUCAACAAUGCUACAGAUGCGACUUUACGAAGCGUUAAAGCAUGGAGCGAUUCCGGUAAUCCUAGGGGAACACGUGGAGCUUCCGUUCGGCGAGUUCAUCCAAUGGCGGAAAGCCGCAAUCAUAUUGCCAAAAGCGCGAGCGUCGGAGUUAUAUUUCUACUUAAAAACCAUCCAAGACAAUGAUAUUGUAAAACUUCGCGGGCAGGGCUGGUUCGUCUGGACAACAUACCUGAGCUCGGCCAAGGCUGUCUUAGACACCAUCUUGGCGACCCUAAGAACGAGGCUGAACAUCCCCGCCAGCAUCAUGCCGGCCGAGCAGUCCGUCAACCUCUUCCCCGGGGGCGCCCCGCUUAAACAAAAACGGGCGCAGGGCAUGAUGCCCGAGUCGGACGAUUUUUUCCCGCCGCCCGAAAUCCCCUUCCCUUCACCGAAAUUCCUGCGGAAUUUCACCUACAGCACCAUCGACCGCGACGUCAACUGGAACACGGCGCCUGGGCCCUUCAAGCUUUUUCCCAACACGCCCUUCGACCCCGUACUCCCUUCCGAUGCCAAGUUUAUCGGAUCAGGGCUCGGUUUCAGACCGAUAGGCAAAGGUUCGGGGGGUACAGGGAAGGAAUUUCAGGAGGCGCUCGGCGGCAACAUUCCCGGGGAGCAGUUUACCAUCAUCAUCCUGACGUACGAGAGAGACGCUUUGUUGAUGACAUCACUGGAAAGGCUCAUGGGAUUACCGUACUUGAAUAAGGUUAUAGUGGUAUGGAACUCUCCCAAGCCGGCCGCAGCUGACAUCAUUUGGCCCGAAAUUCACGUCCCAAUAAAGGUUGUACGGACCAAGAAGAACAGUCUCAACAAUCGGUUUCUUCCUUACGACGAGAUCGAGACGGAGGCAAUUCUCUCUCUGGACGACGACGCCCAUCUCAGACACGAUGAGAUUCUCUUUGGCUUCAGAGUUUGGCGUGAGAACAGAGACCAGAUUGUAGGCUUUCCAGGCCGCUACCACGCCUGGGACGUCAACCUCAACAACGGCUUCCUGUACAACUCCAACUACUCCUGUGAGCUGUCUAUGGUGCUGACUGGUGCAGCGUUCAUUCACAAGUAUUAUGCCUACCUCUACAGUUACGUCAUGCCACAGGUCAUCCGAGACAAAGUUGAUGAAUACAUGAACUGCGAGGACAUCGCCAUGAACUUCCUGGUGUCCCACAUCACCAGGAAACCACCCGUUAAGGUGACCUCCCGUUGGACCUUCCGUUGCCCCUCCUGCCCCGAAGCGCUAUCGCAGGACGACUCGCACUUCAAGGAACGCCACCGGUGCAUUCAGUUCUUCAACCAGGUUUACGGGUACAUACCCCUGCUCUAUACGCAGUUCCGCGUGGACUCGGUGCUUUUCAAGACGCGGGUUCCCCACGAUAAACAAAAGUGCUUCAAAUUCGUCUAGCGACCUCUGCUUUCUCAACCAGUUCGCGCCGGAGGCCGUGAUGACGCGCACUGGCUGUUUUUGUGCACAGGCACGGCUGACGGAUCACGACGUCAAGAUUGCCUCGACUCGGCUCCGGGUGACGUCUAAAAACGCUAAUGCCUCAUGCCUUUUGUACGCGCACACACAGUCCGUGUUGUCUGUUGAGGCGGACCGUGUUUUGGCCGUUGUACACCGCCAAUUGUUGUACAAUUUACGCUCCAGUGCACGCCCUGGAGUAUUGAAACGUGAGGUUUCGGCAAGAAAUAUUGUACAAAUUUACUGUUGAAAUGACUCUUGCGAAUCAGUAUUUUUGGUGCUUGGCUGUAUAUCAGAAGUUGGCUGGAAAAUUUUGCCUCUUGAAAAUUUGGAAAUUUUCGGCAAAACUAAACCCGGCGCGAAGUGGUUAAAAAAGCAUAUGUAGUGAGUUCGUACAGAACACAAAAGUAAUUUAUUUUGUUUUUUUCCUCACUUAUUAAAGAACAUUAAGUGUGCAUUGUAAAUACAGUGAAAGUACGAAAUUCCUAUUUUUGUUGUUGUUCGCAUCAUUUUUUAGCAAAUUUACUUUAUUUUUAAAAUUGCCAGAUUCUUUCGUUAACCCUCUCCAACUGAAUCUUUACUGCUACUUCAACGUUAUUUUGGCUAAUUGCUCAUACAUUAAUUUGGCCUGGACACUGUCUGACAAAUGAGGGCGCUGUUUGAGUCAAACAGGACUAGGGCUGUCCAAUUUUGAUUAAUUUAGUAUUCGAUUACUCAAACUGCGUUUGGCCGAAUAUUCAGAUAUUCAAAACUGCCAGCUGCAAAUGCUUGCUGCGCCAGUAAAAAGUUGCACGAACAGUGUGCCAGUUACAAUUUGAUUUUGGCGAUUCGUAUAGAGCGCUGGAUUGUAUUGCAGUAAGUAUUUUUCUAACUGUAAAAGGGAUUUAACCUGCUAAAAGGAUGUAAACAAUGAACUGCCGUCAACAAAAAAGUUAUAGUCGACAAAAAAAGUGGCGCCUGACAAUAAAGCACCACAACUUUACGAUAACAUAGCAUUACAGUCAUGUGUGUAUGUGGGUAUCUAUUUUGUUUUGGAAUAUUGAAACCGGAAGAAAGCUAUUUGAAUUAUUCGGUAGUAAAUCAAAUAUUCGACUACUGGUAUAUUUAGGACAUCCCUAAACAGGACUGGACACCAUCUGACAAUAGGUGGCACUAUUCAUGGUGACAUCCGUAAACAGGACUGGACACCAUCUGACUAUAGGUGGCGCUAUUCAUGACAACGCUCAUGUCCUGACUCACUGAUUUUUUAUGCAUGUUGUCGCGUCUUGAAAACGUUUAUAAUGUUCAUUUAUUUCUUUGUAUUUAUUUCUUUGGUGAAAACUAUCGUGGUGUCGGUAAAUGACCACAGAUUUUUUUGCUAGAAUUUGUGUCUUGCCAUUUUUUGAGGGAGGGUAGGUAAUAUUCAUGUAUUAUAUUUUCUAUUGUUGUACAUGUAGAUGAAUGUAUAGAAUUUGGACGCUACUACUUAUUCCUUGAAAUUGGUGGCACACUGCAUUGUGAAUCGCCUGAACAAAAGGCAAUUAAAGUUUGAUUGAUGCAUGUGUAACAACUUGUCUCAAGAGGGCGCCAUUUGCUCACUGUUUAUAAAGUUGAAUAAAACUCCGGAUCUCCAUUGUUAUAUUAAUACCCAAGUCCCCAAAACAAAAGGAAACGUGAUUUUUAGUUUCCAAUGGAAGUCUUACUGCAUAAAAAAAAAGGAACAAUGGUCGUACUUUAUUUUAAAAAAAAAUUGAUUAUAUAUAUGUUGAUCUUUUUGUUAUCAGAAGGCAUAUUAAGUGCUCUUUGAUAUGUGCAAAAUAACAACCAGGUUUAAUUUUUAAGAUCUCAUUUAUUAAACCAUAAACCCAACAUUUAACAUUCUUUGAGUGUAUAUCAGAAAUUGGAGUAUUUUUUAUUCAAAUGGGAUAUUUAUUUGCCCUCUUUAUUGAAAAAUAAAGUGUCUGCACAAGACCUGUAAUCCUUC